CCGUGUCCUCGUAAGAUCGCUUCGACUAGGAAGCCAAAGCGUUAAGAAGGAUGUCGCUGAAAAUAUAUCUUCUCGUCUUAUUCGUUGGAUUCACUGUUGCUGCACCAGCUGAGAAAAAAGCUGAAGAUCGUGGUGAAGACAAUGCUGAAGUCAAAGAAGACAAAUCUCAGGAAGUGCAAGCUGACCCGCCAAGAGUAGCAAGACAAUUGGGUCAGCUGGAUAAUGGUUUCGGAAGCCCGCUCUUCAACCAGGCUAAUAUCGAGGAAGGCUACGCUCCGCAAUUCAACGAUGCUCAGAAUAUGUUCAUCGAUUCUACAAGCUUGCCAGUGCCCUCUGGCCCUAGUUGGGUCUGGGGAAUCCCAAUCGGAGGAGUUGGCGCCGAAGAAAUCGCUUCCGGAGCUUAUGACCCAAGCACAGGGGACUUCAACGGAGAAGCGAGCUUCGAUGGAGGUUUCAACGGAGGUGGUGGAGCUUUUGGCGGAGACGAAGGUUACGGCCUUCUCGAGAGACCCUAUGAGCCCACUGCGGGGCCGAUCAUGAUGAUCCCUCAGCCGCCAGCCAUCGAUUACAUUCCCUACCAACCGCCGGCGCCAAUUCCAGCUGCCGCUUUUCCCCGUCCAUUCGGUGGAGGGAACGCUCUUCCACUACCGCCGCAAUCCUCAGCCCGUCCACGAUUCCCAUUCAAUCUAUUUAGCCGGCGAUUCAAUGAGAACAACGUUCCAUCAUUACCAAGAACCCCAGCGCCUGCCGUAACUUCGUUCAGCCAAUUCCCGAGCGAUUUCGGAAAUGCCGACCGCCCGGUUUCCCGGCUCCCGGGCCCAGUUUCCCCGCCGACCCAGUACAUAGCGAUCCAACUGCCUGCACCAAGUGGACCAGCUCCAGCUAAUCAGAUCUUCGGCCCUCCAGCCCCAGCAGCCAUUCCCUCGUUCGUACCUUUGCAACAAGCUGCACCAGCUCCAGCCAACCAGUUCUCCGGGCCUGCAGUUCCACCAGUUCCCCGAUUCCGACCCUUCCAGCAACCUGCACCGGCUCCGGUCAACCAGUUCUCCGGGCCCGCAGCUGCACCGGCUCCCCAAUUCCUGCUCUUCCAACAACCUGCACCGGCUCCAGUCAACCAGUUCUCCAGGCCCUCAGCUGCACCAGCUCCCCAAUUCCGACCCUUCCAACAACCUGCACCAGCUCCAGCGAACCAGUUUUCCGGGCCCGCAGCUGCACCAGCUCCCCAAUUCCAACCAGCUCCAAGAGAUUUCGGCUCCCAAAGCGGACCAACUGCUCCCAGGUACAUCCUCAUCCAACCAGUGGCAAUAGCUCCUCCCGUAAGUUCCCUUUCCGCCAACAGAGCUGGGUCAUCCAGCAACGACAUUUUAUCCAGUCCAAUCCUCGUAUCAAUUUCACCCAACGUUUUGUCCAGUCCGCCGUCAGCCCAGCAAGCAACUCAAUUCGUGCAGCCUUCCCAACCGGCCUCUGCAGCCGGUGCCGUCGCCGGUUUACCUGCCGAUCCAGCGGCUGUCCAGACCUAUCAUGUCCAGCCGGUUGCGCCCAUUAGUUUUUCGUCAGGUCAACAAAGUGGCUCACCAUUUACCAACGCGAACGGUGCUGGAGGAAACUUCCUCCAGACUCUGGCAAGUCCCCGUUACGGGAGGCCCUCUGGGGGCUGGCAGCCCGGACCUCCGGGAGGAAACUUCCUCAAUCGUUUCCCAAACCUCAAGGCAAGACUCCUCACGAAGUUGGCGAGAGCACUGGAAACCAUGGCAGCUAAUGUUCGAACCAAUUGAAAACGCAUUUUUACCAUUUUUUAUUUAUUUAACAAUCCUCUAAUUAAAUCGAGGCAACAACCAACUCGAACGGACACAUUCAACCAGUGGAUUUAUAGUCGUAAGGAAUGGCUGUACUGCACAUCACCAAUGGAUAAAUAAACUUCGAUGCUUUUAUAAACUCAUGCUCACUCGUCACUUUAUUUAGCUUCCGGCUUUUUUUCAACCAGUUUUUUCAAUAUUUAUAAAUUCACCGGAACAAUCAUGCAGAAUCCUCGCAUCAAUUACUCAUUCAAUCUUUUGCUAAUAGCUAAACUUUAUUCAAACUCAACUCCAAAAUUGGAGCGAAAAUUUAAAAAAUUAAUUUUUUUUAAUAGAAACUUUGCUUCAAAUUCAAAUUUAAUUUUUAUUCCAAUAUAAAGUGAAAUAUAUAAAUAAAAGAAAUAUUAAUAGAAAAAAAUAAAUAGAGAAUUUGAAUGGCAUGAUCGUUGGAUAAAAAGAUUGCGAGCCACGAAAUCGAGCCUUUCUGUUCGUAUGGGAAUCUCGUUGAUGGCUUCGCCAUUCGUGUUCAUUGUUCGGAGAAUUAUGGUUGGGGAAGGGAUCGAAAUCCAGAGCAAAGAAGAAGUUCGAACAUGAAAUAGGGUCACAGGGCCGGACGUGGUCGAAAAAAGAAUAUCAAGACUGUGAUAACGUAUGAAUUUUCACAGAAAAUAAAAGAGUGUGUCAAAUAUUUGGAUGAUUUGACACGAACGUGCUCCGAUUCCCCAAUUCGAGCUCUAUUUAGGGGUGUGAUCGAGAAUUCUUCGUUAAUCUACUGCGAGUAUAUAAAGACGAAUUUUCAGCAUCGAAAGCAUGUCAAAUUUGUUUCGAGUACUCGAGCAACAAGAAGCAGCAAAAAUGAAGCUGAGGACGCUGGUUUUCGUGGCAUUGGUCGUGGUUGUUUCAGCCAAACUCAGCGAGGACGACAACGAUGAUUCGUUAGAGUGCGAUAGUUGCUCGGUGAAAAAGUUUUCGCUCAUGGAACUCUUGGACAAAGACUCAUCGUCGAAGAAAUCGCUCAUGAAGUUAAUCGCGCUGAUGAAAGUUGUCGGUGUUAUUGGAAUGCCAGCAUUGAAAAUGCUCGUCGAGGCGAAAAUGAAGAGAUUGCAAAACAAGCAUGGCGAGGCUGGCUAUGAUCAGUUGGAAUACGUGCCAGGCUACGACAGUUUGGGGAACGUCGUUUACUGGGCCCAGAAGAAGGAAGGUUCGCCCUUCCCUUCCAUGCUCAAAUCAAAAUGGCAGCUUUGAAGAUCGAUUGGGCAAGCGUUUCACAAUUUCUCAUCCGAAUAGUCGCCUCUGUUGUCACUAGCAUUUCUAUUUUCUCGCUCACACCGAUGUAUUUUUGUUAAAAAAAUAUUAAAAAGUUCUUCCCUCAAAAA